UUGUCAAAAAAAAAUUUACCGUUUCUUGUCAACCGAGUGUUUGUGUUUGGUCUUGAGAUCAUUUUAUGAAAAUAAAUCAAAAAAUCUAAUUAGUUUUUAAUAUUCUCUUAACAAAACACUCACAUCCUCAAUAAUGACUGAAUCAGCAAAUAACAAAAAACCCAACAACCGAGGUAAUUGGUAUAAAUCAUCCAAAAGACAAACUCUAGAAAUUGGCCAUCGCGGUUUCUUGGCCACAUGCAAUUUUCGAGAAAAAGAUUGCAUCCGAGAAUGUUAUAAUCUCCUCAAUCAGUAUGCUAAUGAGCUGUAUGGACCAAUUGCAAAUAAAGACGAUGUCAAGGAAAAGAAACCAGAACCCGAAGAAGAAACUGACAUCGCCGAUGAUCUUCAAAAGGAAAUCGAUGCCGCCAAAGCUGCUGCAAAACCAGGCGGCAAUCUCUGUCGAUUUAAUUCAAUAGAUACAGGUGCCAAAAACUGUAUAUUCAUUAAAACUAUUCUACCCAAUCCUGUGGAAUUGGGUACAAAAAUUAUCAAAGAUAUUGCUGAAACAAAAAUGCAAAAAACCAGGUACCUUUUAAGAUUGACACCAAUCGAAGUUGUUUGCCAGGCAAAUGUAAAUGAAAUAACAAAAGCUGCUGGUGCACUUUUUGACAAACACUUCCUCAAGGAAGCCAAGACAUUUGCGAUUGUCUUCAAUCGAAGAUUCAACAAUGACAUUAAACGGGACGAAAUAAUUAAGAUUCUCGCUGACUUAGUAUUUGACAAGAAUAUGAACAACAAAGUAGAUUUGAAAAAUGCCGAGUUGGCGGUGAUAGUUGAAAUCAUUAAAGGCAAGUGCUGCUUGUCUGUGGUGGAGGGAUACUUCAAGUACAAGAAGUACAAUCUAAUUGAAUUGGCUUCAUCCAGAACCGAUGAAAAAAAGACUGAAGAAAAGGAGGCAGAAGGGGAUGUUGAAAAUAGGGAAAAAAACGAUGACAAGAAAUCCCUUGACGACAAGGAAGCACCAAACGACGAAGAACCUUCUCCUAAAAAACCUAAAACCGAGGAAGAACAAAACCCCGAAACCGAUGAAAUACAAGAAGAAACAAAAGAAAAUAAUUAAAGUAUUCUUAGCUUUAUUUUUGUAUAUUCUUUGGUUAAUAUUGUUAUUUUUUCUUUUUUUCUUAUCUUUGAAUUAAAAAAUUAAUUUCACA